AUGUCUUUCACUCUUAUAAGGCUAUUGAACAAGAAGCCACACAAAAAGCAUGAGAUUGUUCAAGAAAUCCCAGAAGAACUUGAUGAAGAUAAAAUUUCAGAACAAAUAGAGUCAAAAGAAAAGAUUCUAAUCAUCGGAUCUGGAAUCAUGGGAAUCAAUUCAGCAUAUUUCCUCGCAAAGGACGGAAGAUAUGAUGUCACAGUGAUUGAGAAAGAUAACCCAAUCAAAGGCGCGACUGAGCAGAAUGGGAAUGCUCUUACUUUUAUACUUUAUCCAGCAUGGACCACGAUGAGCAUUAAGCAAGUUAUGAAAGAUAUUGUUACUUUUAACUCCACUCCUACUUGUUAUUUCAGGCUUUCUUUACUCUUUGACAAGCAUUUCAGGUUCUGGGCUUGGAAGUACUUAAAAUGUAGAGACAAAGAGUGUGUGGAGAAAUCUAACUCAGCCAUGAUCAAACUUGGAGCUACCAGUUAUAACCUCUUUGAUGAUUUCAUCAAAGAUUGUACAGAUAACAAUCCAGAUGUUGUUGAAUAUCAUCCUGAGAUAUUGACAACUAUAUAUAAAGGACUAACCAAGGAUGCAAUUGAAGGAAAGAAAGAGCUUGUAAAGUUUUUUCAGAAUUAUGUACCUGAUACACAAGUUGUCUCUCCUGAAAAAUAUGAUGCUGAUUUUGUAUAUCAAAUUCCAAUAAGAUGCUUAAAUUCAGCAAGAUUUGUGGACUAUAUGAAGCUCAGACUCUCUGAUAAAUACGGAGUCACCUUCAUCCAAGGAGAAGUCAAAGCCAUCACUUGCACGGAGACUCAUGUCAAGGCGGUAGAGUAUGCUGACAGGAUGGCAAGGGUGAAGAAACUUAAAAAUUUCGAUAAGUAUAUCAUCUGUGCAGGAACUGAAUCGAUCAAUAUUGGUGAAAUGAUGGGACUUAAAGUGCCAAUAAUGGGAUUUAAAGGACACAGUCUUAACAUCUUUGUCAAAGAUAGAGAUAUUAUAGAUGGAACUCAUAUUCACAUGCCUGAAACUAUUUGCGUAUCAAGAGUCGGGUAUAAUACAACAGGAAUGGUGAGAGUUACAGGCUUUGCUGAUGUAGAUGGAAAUAAUCUCAAUCCUAUUCCUUGGAGAAAAGAUAUGUUAACAAAGCUUGCCAAAAAAUUUGUCAGUGAAGAAGAUUAUGAUGAAUCAAAAGCCAAUCACUGGGUUGGCUUAAGACCUGUCACUGCUGAUGAUGUUCCAUUGAUAGGAAAAUCAUCAAAAUUCUCUAAUCUAUUCUGGAAUACAGGCCAUGGAUCUAGAGGAGUAAUUCAGUCUAUUGCUUCUGCUCUUGUUCUUCACUCGGUAAUAUCCGAUUCAGAUUGUCCAGAAGGAUUGGCGGCUAAAGAUUAUGAUCCAAAAAGAUUUGAUAUCUAAUCAAUCUUUGAAACAUCUCAACAGGGG